AUGGUCUCCUUGCUCUCUCGCGCACCCUCCCUUGCCUCCCUCGGCAAACCCACCGCCCGCGCCUCCACCUCCUCGCUUCGACUGCCAGCCAUGUCUUCCUCCGCCCCCGCCCCCGCGGCCACGGCGGCGGCAGAGCCGGAGGCGUCCCGCCCAAGGAAGACGCCGGUGCUCUUAUUCGACGUCAUGGACACCGUCGUCCGCGACCCCUUCUACCACCACAUCCCCUCCUUCUUCCAAAUGUCCAUGAAGGAACUCCUAGAAAGCAAGCAUCCAACAUCAUGGUCCGAAUUUGAGAUGGGGCUGAUUAAUGAGGGCCAGCUGGCCGAAAAAUUCUUCAAUGAUGGCAGAUCUUUUGAUUUGGAAGGUCUGAAAGCAUGCAUGGUGAGAGCAUACGAGUAUGUUGAUGGUGUUGAAGAUAUUCUUUGCAGUUUGAAGCAAAACAACUACGAAGUGCAUGCUUUUACAAAUUAUCCAGUGUGGUACCAGUUGAUUGAGGAAAAGUUAAAGCUGUCGAAGUAUCUGUCAUGGACAUUCUGUUCUUGUCACGUUGGAAUACGCAAACCUUCACCAGAUUUUUACCUUCAUGCCGUGGAUCAUCUCAAUAUCGAUCCAGGAAACUGCAUUUUCAUUGAUGACAGGAUGGUAAACAUCGAAGCGGCCCUUAGUGUAGGAAUGCUCGGUUUGCAUUUUAAAAAUGCCGAGUCCCUAAAGAAUGAUUUGUGCUCACUGGGAGUUGAACUGGCACCUCUUGUGCUUGAAGAUGAAACUGAAGUUCAGUAA